CCUCUGUUGGCGUGGCAACCAAACGUCCUGCUUCCUGUGUGAAUUCCUACUUCCUCCUCUUAUUCCUCUUUGGUAUCUUACUUUUCUUUUUGAACUUUCAUCUUGUUGUCCUCUUCUGACUUCUUGUUAUUCCUGUUUGCCAUUUGAGUUGUUCCUCUUUGUCUUUGAGUUGUUCCCAUUUGACCCCCGAUUGAUCCUGUCUGUCCCCAGGCUGUUCCUGUCCAACCUCUCGUUGCGUCAUCUGACUUGUUUCUGUUCACCUUUUUCUUAUUCCUGUUUGGCCUUUGUUAUUCAUGCCUGAUUUGUUUUUGUUCCUGUUUGCCCUUUGGAUUGCUCCAGUUUGACCUGUGAUUGUUCCAGUGUGACUUCUUCUAGGGUUGGUUGUUCGUGUCCCGUUCCGUUGUCUGACACCUACUUGUUCCUGUUGGACCUUCGCUGUUCCAGCCUGGUUAUUCCAGGUGAUCGUGCGGAUCGACGACUGCGUGGCGUUGUUGAACCUGGCGUGCAUGAUGCUGAUUACCUUCCUGCCGUACACCUUCUCGCUGAUGGCCACCUUUCCCGCCAAUGUGCUGGGAAUCCUCCUCUUCUGCGGCUGUGUCAUGGUGAUAGGUCUCAUUCAGUCGGUGAUCGUGUUGUACGCCUUCAGUCGGCCGUUCCUCCUCAACCAGCACAUCCAGGAGUCGGAGAAUCACGCCUUCUACAAGCAUCACAUCCUCAAAGUCCUGCUGAGGGUUCCUCUCAUGUGCCUCUUUGCUAGCAUCUUCUCUUUCAUCCUCUUCCAGCUGUCGUACGUGUUGCUGGCGGUCGUCAUCUUCCUGCCGUACAUCUCUCAGUGCGCCAAGUGGUGUCGCGUCAAACUCAUCGGUCCGCUGGAGGAGACUCCGGACUCUGUGAUGUUCUACACGUACCUUCCCAGCGAGCCGCUCAGCAAGGAGCGCGUGGAGGCCUUCAGCGACGGCGUCUACGCCAUUGUGGCGACGCUCCUCAUCCUGGACAUUUGCGAAGACAACGUCCCCGACCCGAGCGCGGUCCAGAAGCGCUUCGGAGGCAGCCUGGUGGCCGCCCUGCAGGCUUACGGUCCCGAGUACCUGGCAUACUUCGGCUCCUUCGCCACAGUGGGCCUCCUGUGGUUCGUGCACCACUCGCUCUUCCUGCACGUCACCAAGGCGACGCGGCUGAUGGGCCUGAUGAACACGCUGUCGCUGGCCUUCGUGGGCGGCCUGCCGCUGGCCUACGAGCUGACGCACGAGUUCCCGCGCGACUCCCGCAACGAGCUGGAGGCGGUCCAGACCAGCUGCGUCAUCGUCUUCUUCGCCGGCGUCUUCCAGCUGGCCAUCUGGGUGGUGGCGCUCUACAACGAGCGGGAGACGCUGCACCCGACGGUGCGCCACGGCGGGCGGGAGCACGUCUUCAUGCUGGCCAAGCUAGCGCUCUAUCCCUGCGUGGCGCUCGGGACCUUCUUCCUCACGUGCGUCCUGAGUCGCUUCAGCGUCACCAUCUUCCACCUGAUGGAGAUCAUCGUGCCUUUCGCCUUCCUCCUCUUGCGUCUGCUGGUGCGCGUCGCCUUAGUGCUGCUGCGACUCCUCUUCGGUCCCCAAAGGAGCGAGCCCGGGAACGUGGAGGAAGACGAGACGAGGGUGCCUUUCAACCCUUUAGUCACCUAGUUAGUGGAGAAGGGGCGGGGCUAGGUGUACAACGUGAGACCUAGAGGGAUGAAAGCAGGAAGCGAUCGACGAGUGGACACAUGCCGCUAAAGAGUCUUUCCGCCGUCGUAAAAUUUGAGCGCAGAAGAGGAAGCAAACAUGACACACGUCACAGCUACUGUCAUGUCGUCUUGCCAACUCCAGGUGGCGCUAGUGCCACAUUAUUUCCGUCCAUAUACGUUUCCUCUCAAGGCCCAUAAAAAUACAUCCCGAGACUGUCAAGUGCAUGCCAAAGCGACAGGUAGCGCUGUAACCUCAAACUGUAACAACGUCGUAGCCAAUCGGAAUCCUGAAGAAAGCCAUUUCCAGAAAAUACAGGCACCUUGUGUGCAUUUUGUAAUUUUUCGGUGUAAAGGUGAACACGUAGACCAGGGGUGUCUUUUUAUUGGCCCGCGGCACAGUCUAAAAAUAAAAGCGAACCAAAAAACUAAACGAGCAAAAAAGAAACCAAAAAAGGGAAAGUAUACAUGUUGAUAACACUAAUAAAUACAAUCAGCUUGGUCUUCUACAACUUAAAACUGACACGUGUCUUCUAAAACUCCGCGUGCGUUCGUGACACUAGCAAAACAAGCUAGCUAACGGCAAACGAGAGCAUGGAUUAGCUCAGGACCCACAAUUUGCCAUAAAAAAGGUAGUCUCUCAUCUUGUUUUCCGCCCAGAUUAUUCGUCCUCCCGUCCAAUGAGAAGAGAAAUGAGUGAUGUCACUGAUAAACGUUAAUUGACGUCGCCGUAAAUAUCAAAUUGCACUUUUUCCGUUGUUCAGGGGUGGCUGUGAACAGAGCACACAAGACUCAUAGAAAGCACUUUAAUUAGACGUACUAAUCGUUUGCGUUUAUGAAAGUUAUUACGACCUGUCAACAGCCCAGUUUUCUCCGGGAAACUUGGGUAUUUUGCCAUUUUCACCAAGUAAAUUUUCCGUAUUUUAACUUUAUUCAUAAACUACUAUGGUGGGUUUAUCUAACCACCUCGUGUAGGUUGCAGUAUACGCCACGAGAUGUCGCUCUUGCUUACUUGUUAGCCAUGUAUGACUUCUGUUGUUCUCUCUCGUUUUGCUUUUGAUGAACAAUCUCGCCGUCUGACGAAUUGGGUUGUAUUUCACUUAUCGUCCUUUCGUCGGUUUGUGAAAGGGAAAUCCUCCACAUUUAACCCAACAUCGGCAAACUACGGUUUUGUAUGGCAGCUGACUGGUGUAGUUCACCCUCCGCGUCGCUGGGUGGCGGUAGUAGACAGAAGCCGUAAGUAGUUUGGGCUCGAUGACUGUUAAAUGUUGACCGGGUAGCUAUUUUGCUUUUGGAUCAACGUAAUGCCAACUAUUGCGUGUGUGUUGCUUUUGUUGCUUGUAUAAGACUAUUAAAAGACGAUUGUAUAAAAUAUGUUCAGAACCGCUUACUAUUUGGACAGGAAAUGUCCCUUUUGUCUCACUUAAAGCAUGUGUGGUAUAAUAUGAAAUUAAUAACUGGAGGAAUAUAAUUAGCGAGGUGCCCAAAG